AUGAGCGAAUAGGGAUUUCUUACAAAACUACUCUUAGCAAUGAUGAUUAUUAUACAAAUAUGUUAAGCAUAGGAAACUGAAAAAGAUGAAUAAAAUAAACCUAAAUAGCAAGAAGAUGAUGAUGGAAAUAGCACAGUAGUUUACAUAUUAUUAGCUAUAUUAGGAGGAGGUUUCUUGUUCUUUUUAUAUAAUACUUGGAGAUGUCACAGAAACAGAUAAAUCGAAGAAGAUGAAUAAGAGUUUAAUAAAAUAGAAUUCUAAGAUCAUAAGGAGCCAUGA